CUAAAGCCAUGUAUACUCCAAACGCUUCAGCUGCUGUUGGAUCUGCAAAACCAUCCAUGCGCCAAGUUGCCGCUGCAAAUACUUCUCCAGAUGCAUCACGAACGAUAGCGCUUAAUCUCCAAGUGUUGGCUUCUGAUAGGAAGAGAUCCAAAGCUGACAAAACGAGGGUCUACGCAGAGUUUCUGUUUUUGUAAUACUUAUUGAUAAUACUGGGUCAACUUCUUUCAUUCUAUUUGAUCGCAUUGUAUAAUAGAGUUUGAGACGGUCUGCACCUUGGUGGAUGCCAUUGCUGAGGUGCAGUUUUUUUAGAUGUACAUUAUUUUGUUUAUCUAAUUCUGUCCUGCCAAUUUAUAUCGACAUUACGUAUAAACUAACUGAUAUAUAGAUUAUAUAUCGACAUUACAUAUUUAGCACGCAAUUUUUUAUUAUGUUUGCAAGGGGAACAUUAUUGGUAGCUAUCCUGAAGAGUUGAAUAUAUUUGUUGACAGGAGAAUAUGUUGUAUAAUGUUGAAGUUAAUGAUUCAAGUUUUUAUCGCAAUUGGCACAAUUAUACUAUCAAGAAAGUGACUGCUAAUGAUGAAAUCAUAAUACGAAUCAUUUCUCAGCAUGGAAUUAAUCCUGGAAAUGAUGAAGAAGCUGACUAUAUUGAAGUUGUAUCUAAGCUGCUAGAUAGCCAUCCUUUGGAUGUGAGUGAAGGCGCUGAGUCAAACAACAAGGAUGAUAGUAUGGUGGCUAAAUCGGUGCUGACACCGACUAACAAGGGAUUGGGAAAGAGAGGUUCUGAAUAUGUUGAAUCAUUGGAUGAUAUUGUUACUGCUGAAGGCGACACAUCUACCACUAAGGAACCAAUGAUUGUGUCUGUUAAGGUUGAAGAAGCUAAUUGACUAUCGUGCAAGAUUCAAAUUGUUAGUGUUAGUUAUGAUUGUGUUUUGUCGUUUCCUGUUUAAUUUCAAUUAGGCCCAAGUUAAACUAUCUUAUGUUUUGUUGUUUUCAAAUUCAACAUGCUUUAUAUGGUAUGUAAUUUUUGCAGUUUUAAUUAAUGUCUCUUUUGGAUUACCUUA